GGCUAAAUUAUGAUGAGUAACGGGACGUUCGAUAAGGCCGCUUGGAGAUGACUGGAUUAUGUAUUGGGAGCAUUCCAACAUGGAAACUCCGAUAUUCAGGGAGGAAGAGGGUCGCUAUCUGGCGUCAUCUGUUGGUGAUCCCCUGAUAAAAGGCCUGGCUAAAGUCGCCCAAAGUCGACCGAAGGAUCCUCUGACAUACCUCGCCACUUACUUAUAUAAUUUUGCUAGAAGUAAAUCUGGGGCUUCGAUUCAGAAAUCCGAAAUUUUAAUUGUACCCGAUCGACCCGAAGAGCAAGUAGAUAUGGACAGUAGUAGUACGCCUAUGGAGGAUCCUAAUAAUACUCCCGAUGAUGAAGGCUUCAUGAGAAGUCCGGUUUCAGACGUUCCAGAAUCAGCAUUUUCCCCGACAAAUAGGGAUGAACACGGUCAAAGUAUGUUGCACUUCGCUGGUGUCCGUUCGCGCCCGAAGGACGGUCUAUUCCACAUUCUCCAAGAGACCCAAAUCAACGUAGGCUAUAGAGACGAGCUGUACCGAACGGCUCGCGACGUAGCGGAAGAGUCCAAUUUCCACGAUAACGUCGCGGACAUCGACCGUUACGUGGUGUACCUCGCGGCCAGGGGGGAAACGGAAAAGCUAGUGGAACUUCUUCUCGAGGGAUACGAUCACAUUCUCGACGCCGAGGACGGGGGAGUAAACAUUGUGGAUAUAACCGCUGAACGAAAUCACGAAGCCACUAUUCAAUUUCUGCAGGGCAUCCCUACUUACCUAGGCCAGAGGGAGGAGGUCCAUCAGGCCAUUCGUGGGGGAGACCUCAAUGCCACGAAGGAAAUCCUCUCGAGAUAUGGCGGGGGAGGGACUCUAUUGGCUGUUGGGAAAAAUACGGUAGGACGGUGCUCGAUACACAUUGCCGUUCUCUGCGAGCAUAUUGACAUUGUUCGAUAUCUAGCGAAUACUUAUCCGGAAACUCUCAGGAUUGGAGAUAAUUUGAAUAGAACCGCCCUCCAUUACGCCAUGGGAGUCCACGAGGUCGAAGCAAUAAGCGGUAUAUUAAUAAAAGCCGGCGCCAAACGAGUGCAAAAAGACCUGAAAUCGAGACAGCCGACCUACUACUUCAUGAAUAAAUCUGACAUACAGAGGCUCCAGGAGGAGGAGAAAACGAUGGUGAAGUGAAUGGAUUGAUUGUUUUAUGUAUGACGAA